AUGUCGGGCGCUACGCACGAUCCUAGGCUACUCUACAGCGUCAACAAUAUCCGCGCAUUUCACAUCCAGGACGGCGAUGAGCAGGAGUUGACGCCAUCGGGCCCUCAAACCCUCUCCCUCUUGAUGGUCCCUACUGCUACAUCUGCGCCAACCCCUCCAUAUGCCGCCGGUGCGGGCACGCAGACCCCCGAGGAAGACUUCUACCUGCACCUCUACCUUCCUCCAGAGCUGGAUCUGGCAUUGCCAGCUACCACCCAGAUCUUCCACCAACCGCCCGAUAGCUACUUGAUUCCCCGAUGGGAUCUGGCUCCCGACGCAGGCGCGUUUAUCCGCAUCCAGUUCCCCAGCAUUGGCAGCGGUCCGAAAAAUGUCUCGCAAGAUGACAUCGAUACCUUCGAGACCAUCCUCGCACAAUGCACUGCAUUCCUCGACCGCGAUCCCGCGGCGAGCGGCAAGUCGGAUGGGUUUGCUGCGUACAACCCGGCGGAUUAUGCACCCGGCGAAGGAUAUAUUGGGUCAGGAGAUAGCAAGGGCGACAAGAUGCACGGCAAGAUCGUUCUGGUGGACGAGGAGGAUGGAAGUGUAGUCGGCGAGUUGGGUGAAGGGUAUAACGUGGUGGAGGACCCGGAUGUGAAACCUGGAUCUAAACGCCCCGUUGGAAUUGAACUUCCUGCUGAAGGCGAGGGCAACAAGGUCAGCGUGACCAAUGUUUCAGAAGAGUACCUGGAAAUGUCGCGGCAUCCCGCAUAUCAGAAUUCAACCAUUGUCCAGACCUCGGCCACUGCAUCUCGAUUGAUUGUCACCACCUCCUCAUAUAUCUCCAAUGCCAUCACCAGCGGCGCCGAGAACUUCAUGAAAAAGACCAAGCCCAACGUCAAGCCAGUGACAUUCUCCGAUGCCACCCACGCCCGCAUCCGCAAAGUCGGCACUUUCUCCGACGGCGCCGCAAACCUAUCCUCACGCACGCUCGGUCAAGUGGAGCGAGUAGCGCAGAACAUCGGCGCUUCGCUAGCACGCAAGGAUGCCAAGCCUCGCGGCGCCAACAGACACCACCCACCGCCAGACUACAAGCCAGGCGUGCUGAACAAGUCGAUGAUCGCGUUCUCGACAUUGGCUGACGGCAUCCAAGAAAGUGCACGCACCAUGCUGAUGACUGGCUCAGCAGCCGCGAGCACGAUGAUCCAACACCGUUACGGCGCCGAGGCCGGCUCCGUCGCGCACAAUCUGACUGGCGGCAUCAAGAAUGUCGGUCUUGUGUAUAUCGACGCCACGGGCGUUAGCCGUCGUGCGCUGCUCAAGUCCGUAGCCAAGGGCAUGGUCGUGGGCCGCAUGCGCGAUGGAAAGCAGGUGGUCGUUGGCGCUGGCGAUGGCGGUCAAUUACCCCAAGGCGUUAAUGGCAAUGCCGAGGCAGGGCCCUCUGGGUCUGGGCUUGGAGUCCGGGAUCCAGUUGUGCGACGUGCAUCACCGACGCCCACACCGCCGCCAGCGUAUGGUGCGUCGGGGACAGUGUCGCUGGGCGGCACACCCAGGUCAGGGGCAGGUGGAAAGCGGUAA